GGGGGGAGUGCGGGGGAAGGAAGCACCAGGCAGGCCCUGCUCUGGGCAGUUCUUCUCUGUCCAUUCUAACACGGUGUCUUCCUGUCUGAGAGAACAGGACAUCUCUGUAAUUAGGCCUGAAGACCCCUACACCCUCAGCUCCUCCUCAGGAUGGAUGUGGGACCCAGCUGCCCUGCCCAUCGUGGACUCUACUUGCUGCUGCUGCUGCUGCUGGCUUUACCACUCAGGAGCCAGGCGAGCACUGGCUGCUAUGGGAUCCCAGGGAUGCCAGGCCUGCCGGGGGCCCCUGGGAAGGACGGGCAUGAUGGACUCCGGGGGCCCAAGGGUGAGCCAGGAAUCCCAGCCAUCCCUGGAACACGAGGACCCAAGGGUCAGAAGGGCGAGCCUGGCAUGCCUGGCCAUCGUGGAAAAAAUGGCCCCAUGGGGACCUCUGGAUUCCCAGGGGAUCCAGGCCCCAGGGGGCCUCCUGGGGAGCCAGGUGAGGAGGGCCGAUACAAGCAGAAGCAUCAGUCGGUGUUCACGGUCACUCGACAGACCUCCCAGUACCCGGCGGCCAAUGGCCUGGUCAAGUUCAACUCUGUUGUCACCAACCCUCAGGGGGAUUAUGACACGAGCACAGGGAAGUUCACCUGCAAAGUGCCCGGCCUCUACUACUUUGUCUACCAUGCAUCACAAACGGCCAACCUGUGCGUGCAGCUGUUCCACAACGGUGUCAAGGUGACCAGCUUCUGCGACCACAUGUCCAAUAGCAAGCAGGUCAGCUCGGGAGGAGUGCUACUGCGGGUGCAGAUGGGUGAUGAAGUGUGGCUGGCAGUCAAUGACUACAACGGCAUGGUGGGCACUGAGGGCUCCGACAGCGUCUUCUCUGGCUUCCUGCUGUUUCCUGACUAGAGUGGCAGGCUGGCUCCAGCCUCAAGCCACCCACCUUGCUCCCUCUGCUUCCUCCACCCCCGCGUAGACCCUUCCACACCACUGACCUCUUCCCCUAGGAAGUCCACC